GUAAUUGUGUGCAUGGCUCUGCUGUGCAGGGUGGGUGGAGGCAAAAUUGAUAUCAAAUAAGGGCAUCAAACUGAGAUCCGAGAGUUCCGUUUAAGUUGUUGCUCAUUUUUAUUAGCCCCACCAGGGUGAAAACCUUAUAACGUAAAGCUCCUCCACACAAGAACUACAAUUCUGGUGGAUUUAAAUUUUUCUCUCCAAAAAGGACUGAUUUAGUGCUACAUCGUGGAUAUAAAUGAAGAGAUCUCUUUAUCCUUUUUUUAUUUUGUUGUUGACAAGUCAGACUUUAGCUCAGUUAGAUAAAAGAGAGAGGUUCUGUUGUUUGGAUGUGAGGCCUUUAACGAGGAUGGGAGCCCCCCGGGGAGCCGAAAUCCGUGCUGCUUUCGGGGGUUUCUUGCCUUUCUUCAGUCAUUCUUUCUCCUUUCCAGUGGGCCUAGGGUGUGGGAACUAUCCAAGGUACUAGGAUGCUGGCAGCUUUGCUGUUCAAUGCAGGCGGAUUGCAGAAGCAGAGGAGAGAUUACUGCUUAUUUCAGAAGAACAUGAUCAAAUGAGGUACCUUAGCCAGCUUGGUGAUUGCUUCGGGUCUUGUAAUCAUCUGUGUAGCAAAGUGGGUAAAAUCAUUCAAUUUCUUCCCUGCUGGACCUGGAAGGAGAGGGGCGCUGUGCUCAUCCCCACCCAUUAGCUAUGCCCUCUUUUCUCCGAAUGUCGAUGUAAGGAAGCAAGCACCUCUCUUCUGCCACUGCAUCUUCCCAGCAAACUUUAAAGGGCAUUUCAUCUCAUAGAAAGAACAUCGAACAUGCUCUGAUCUCUAGUGAUGAAGAAUCUUGGAUUCGACACUUUUCCCAACCAGAUAUAGUGCACUUUAAUUGAAGAAAAACUGAACUGAACAUACAAGUCUAUUUCUUAUGGUGCUGGAUUACUCCUACCGAACUGCCCUGAGACCAGCCUUGAGAGAGGGCUCUGAAAGACUCAAGUCACCUCCUGACUAUUCCACUUAGCUCUCCCCCGGGACUUAAUUUUUGAAAACAUCCAUUUCCAUGAUACCCUCCAAGAUGAUGAGUGUGAAUCCUGAAGAUGACCCUUUGGACACUUUUCUCCAGUAUAUUGAAGACAUGGGAAUGAAGGCAUACGAUGGCCUGGUUAUUCAAAAUGCGUCUGACAUUGCUCGCGAGAAUGAUCGCUUGAGAAAUGAAACAAAUCUGGCCUACCUGAAGGAGAAGAAUGAGAAACGGCGAAGACAGGAAGAAACAAUCAAACGCAUAGGGGGAGACGUGGGACGAGGCCAGGACACCAGCUACGCGGGCAAGCACUUCCGCAUGGGGUUCAUGACCAUGCCUGCACCUCAGGACAGACUCCCACAUCCCUGCUCCAGUGGAUUCACCGUGAGGUCUCAGUCCCUGCACUCCGUCGGGGGCGCUGAGGAUGACAGCAGCUGUGGAUCCCGGAGACAACCACCGCCCAAGCCCAAACGAGACCCCAGCACCAAGCUUAGUACCUCAUCUGAGACAGUCAACAGCACUGUAGCCAGUAAGAGCGGGCGACCUCUGGAGAGGGCGGAAGUGUCUGCCAAGCCAAGACCCCACAGUGACGAAUAUUCAAAGAAAAUACCCCCUCCGAAACCGAAACGGAAUCCUAACACUCAACUUAGCACAUCUUUCGAUGAAACCUACAUAAAGAAACAUGUGCCAAGGAGGACCUCGCUCCCGCGAGAUUCAUCUCUGUCCCAGGUCUGCAGCCCAGCGGUAGACCCGGAAGAGGAGGAGCCUGUGUACAUCGAGAUGGUGGGGAACAUUCUCAGAGACUUCAGGAAGGAAGAUGAUGACCAGAGUGAGGCUGUGUAUGAGGAGAUGAAAUACCCCAUUUUCGACGACCUAGGCCAUGACUCCAAAUGUGACUUUGACCAUCACAGUUGUUCUUCGCAGUGUGCUACUCCCACGGUGCCUGACCUGGACUUCGUCAAGUCUUCAGGACCAUGUACUCCUAAGGGCCUGCUUUGUGAGAUACCCCCACCCUUCCCCAACCUGCUUUCUCAUAGACCACCCCUGCUGGUGUUCCCACCAGCCCCAGUACACUGCUCUCCCAAUUCGGAUGAGUCUCCGCUGACCCCUCUGGAGGUCACAAAGCUUCCUGUGUUAGAAAACGUGUCUUACAUGAAACAGCCACCUGGAGCAUGUCCAUCCUCACUGCCAUCACACAGCUCCAGCCAUGCUAAGGACCAGACCGGAGCCUUGGGCCCUGCUCCUACCGCGUCUGUGCUCUCCUCGUCGCCUCCACCUCCAUCCACUUUGUACAGAACCCAGUCUCCCCACGGCUAUCCAAAAAGUCAUUCCACCUCCCCAUCCCCUGUCAGCAUGGGGAGAUCCCUGACACCCCUGAGCCUCAAGAGGCCUCCCCCCUAUGAUGCUGUGCAUUCCAGCAGCCUCUCAAGGAGUUCCCCCUCAGUGCCUCACUCAACCCCCAGACCCGUGUCGCAAGAUGGGGCCAAGAUGGUCAACGCUGCGGUAAACACCUACAGUGCUGUGCAGAGCGGCUCCAGGUCCAGGACACCCACCAGUCCUUUGGAGGAGCUCACCAGCCUUUUUACCUCAGGGCGGAGCCUGCUGCGGAAGUCAUCCAGCGGCCGAAGGUCCAAAGAGCCUGCAGAAAAAUGCACAGAGGAGCUGAAAGUUCGCAGCCACAGCACGGAGCCAUUACCAAAGCUGGACAGCAAAGAGAGAGGUCAUCACCACGGAGCCUCUUCCUCCAGAGAGCCAGUGAAAGCCCAAGAAUGGGAUGGCACUCCAGGGCCCCCUGUGGUCACCAGCAGAAUGGGCAGGUGCUCCGUGAGCCCCACCUUGCUGGCAGGAAACCACAGUUCAGAACCUAAAGUGAGCUGCAAGCUAGGCCGGUCAGCAUCUACAUCAGGAGUUCCUCCUCCUUCGGUUACUCCUCUCAGGCAAGCCAGUGACCUACAACAGAGCCAGGUGGCAUGCAUGCAGUGGUUUCAUGGAGACCAUACAAUGCUUGAGAUGAUUGAGAAAAAGCGUUGCUUGUGCAAAGAAAUAAAGGCUAGACAGAAAACGGAAAAGGGCCUUUGCAAACAGGAUAGCAUGCCAAUCCUACCCAGCUGGAAGAAGAACGCAGGAGCAAAGAAGUACAGCCCUCCACCCUAUUCUAAACAGCAAACGGUAUUCUGGGAUACUGCCAUAUAAGCAAGUACUGGC